GAAAUGAAAUUAAUCACAAUUGGCCAUGUUAGCAGGCGCUUAUUAAUACUGAACACUGGUUACAUCUCUUCUACGGUUGAUUUGAAAGACAGAAGUAAUGGCAUGGACGAAGGAAUACUUGGAUUUAGUUUUGGUCCCAAGUGGGUUACUGAUUAUGUCAGCUUACCAUGUCUUUCUUCUAUACAGAUGCCUCAAACUCCCUCAAACCACUGUCAUUGGCCAUGAGAACCACUGCAAGAAAGCUUGGGUAGAGAGAAUGUUGCAGGUUGAGGCAAAGGAUAGAGGUUUGGCAUUAACGACAAUCAACUCCACAAUAUCAGCAGCAACUUUCCUGGCAACAAUAUCUCUAGCUUUGAGUUCCCUUAUUGGAACAUGGGUUGCAGAAUCUUCUCAUAGUCUCUUCAGAAAUAGUCUGAUUUAUGGCAAUACAAGCUCAUCAAUCAUUUCUGUCAAAUACAUCAGUCUUCUUAUGUGCUUCCUGGUGGCUUUCGGUUCUUUUCUUCAAUGUGUUGGGAACUUUGCCCAUGCUAGUUUCCUCAUCAGCAUGCCCAAUGCAGAUAUUCGAGUAAGUUAUAUCCAGAAGGCAGUGAUAAGAGGAAGUGCUUGUUGGUCAGUCGGUUUACGAGCAAUUUACUUCGCCACUACUUUGCUGCUGUGGAUUUUUGGUCCAAUCCCAAUGUUUGCUGCUUCAGUGAUUAUGGUGGUGAGUUUGCAUAACCUUGACAGAAAUGUAACCCCUUUGCAUAAUUUCGAAUCAGCCAAGGCCAACUCUCAUAAUCUGUUUACAAAGAUAAACGAGGAUUUAGCUGCAGUAGCAAGGGUUACUGAGAAGCAUGACAGAUCAGAUGCUAAUUGAAGCAAACCUUGAGGUGCAUCAUAGUGAUGUUACCUGAAAGAAUAUGAGCAAAGCAACCAGCAUUGAGUCAGUAAGUUCAGAAUCAACUAGGUAGGCUUGAAGCAGAAGACAGCAAAGAACAGUUGUUCACUCCAUUUCCAUCUUGAAUGAUUUCAGCAGAACUUCCAGCAAUUCAAAUUAGCAGCAUCUUGUACCAUGUCUAAGAUCUUUUCAUUGCUAGCCUGAAUAAAAUCAUGUGCAUCUGUUGCAUUGAUCCUCAUACCUUAAGGAUCCAAGUUCUGACCAUCUUCCCAUGCAUGAUUAUAGACCAAAUCCAAGUUUAGCCUUACUGUAUCCUUCUCUGAUGUAACAGUGUUAACAAUUUUCCUUGAUUUGACUGAACUUCAUUGUAUAAAUAAAUCAUGCAUCUUCCUUUGAAA